AUGGAAAAUCGCAGGCGGCGUAGCUCAUCUACGCGAGCCAAUGAGGUUCACUUCACACAUACACGACAGGGAAGCAAUGCCUCGGCUUCGUCAGUUUUCGAGGAAGAUGAUAGCCACAACACCACUUCGGAAACAUAUGAUGCCAGUACCGAUGACGACGUCCAGAGCGUGAGUACGCAGACGAAAGAGCAUUCCAGUAACCUGGGAAGGCUUUUGGAUAAUCAUAGCCGGACAAGCUUGUUAUUAUACAAAAACAAGAACAAUUCGAGCAGUACUUUACAGCCUUUAACGAACACUCUUUCCAAUGUGGAGUUCAACAACAUUCGUUCAAGUAUGGAUAAUGGCGAGCGCGAAAGGGCGAGAUCUCCCACUCUUUCGUCACCGGCAACUGCGUUUUCACGGUUAGGAAGAGACAACGCUUUGGCCCGGCUUUUGACGAAUCAGGGUAAGGGGAAGACCAAAAAGCGCACCAGUAUCGACGAUUUGAAGGAGAGAACCAGCUUCGACAACGCGCGUGAUGCCAUCAUCAAGUCCUCUGAGUCGAUUUCUGCGAAGCUGAAGAAGCCUGUUGGGAAGGAUUUGAUGAUCAGUUCGAGCGGUAGAUUAACGGAGGCCAAGUCACCGCUUGCCAGGACAUCUAAGGAGGUAGAGAGAAUAGCCAAUAUUGGCCAAGCAGAGCCCCAGAAAACUCAGGGGUUGGGGCUGUCAGCAGGUUCCUCUUUGUCGCUUCCAGGAAAGCAAAAGCAUCACAAAUCUUACCAUAAACUUCUUUCCAGGGCCAAAGGAUCAACAACAAAGUCUUCCUCCAACUCGAACUCGCAGCUUUCGAGCGAUAGUGGUGGAAAGGCACUUUAUUCCUUCCACCCGAACACUAACGGAAUGUCGGUUGGUGAUCUUCAGAAAACAGUAACAGAGCUUGAAAAACAGCAUUUAUCCGAUGAUAGAGAGACGAUUGCCGAUGAUGCGUGGGCACUGUUGUGUUCUAUAGUGACCCCUCUUUUCAAAUGCGAUCAGCUCAAAACCCCGAUAGAGGAGGUGACCAAGCUGGUUUACUUGCAUUUGAGAUUGAGACUCCAAGAGUCAGGGUCGCCGGUUCCUACAGGUUCUCCCUUGGGGACGUUUUCGUCGCCCGUUUCUCAAUUCGGCUCUGCAGACCCGAUAAGUCGGAACGUUCUUGAUGAGUAUGAGGAACUAUUCACCGUUGGGAUGACCACUUACGUGAAUCAGCUGUACAUCGAGGAAUCCACCAACAAUCUACGCUUGAAGCGAUACUACACAGAUUCUCCCAGUGGCCCACGCAGCACGAAAAGAGGUGGUGAGCGCAGCAGACGUGGAAGCUUUUCAGCGUCCACUGGGACUGCCUCAUACAGUUUUGCGAAGAAGGUUGCUGUUUUAUGGGAAUACUUUUUGAAUGACAUCCUGUUUUACCUAGAAGGGAUAUUUCUGCCAUUGCAGCUUGAACUUAACUCACACCCACCUUCUCCGACCUCAAAUUCCGAGGUUGUAGACGAAAGUGAGCUUUCUGUGAGAAACCUUAUUCUCACAGCGUUCCGUGACCAUGUGGUGAUUCCUCUUUACGAGUCUGAAAGAGAACAGGACAAGGAGAGACGAAGGGAAAAAGAUAGCAGCUCUGCGAUGGUGAACACGAGCGCUGCUUCUGGCAUUGUCUUUGGAACGUCUUCUUCGAGUGAGGUAAAUAGGCGACGGGACAAUACCAACGGAUCCAGUCGGACCGGGGCCACAGGGAUUUCAGAUGAUUCUGAGGAGGACUAUUCCCAGGUACUCACUCUUCUUCAAUGUUUCACCAUUCUGGCAAGUGUGCAGACCAACGACACUAAUCAGAAGAUUAUGGAGAAUCUAACCAGGGGUAUCAAGCAGCAGAGUAAGAUGUUCAAUUGA